CCGGAUUCUCCCAGCAAUACGACGUGUAGAUUCGAGAAAAACAACGAUUAGAUACGAACAAUAUUAUAUUGACAAGACUCUUUGGUGGAUAUAUCCGUGUUGUUCAUCGACACAGCUGUCUUGUAGAAAGAUGGGGAAGCCGCCCAGAAAGAAGAAACUUGCGGACAAGAUUCGCAGAGCCAAGACCUCCACCGAGAUCAAAAACAAUCCGUUCGAAGUGAAAAUCAACCGAAAGAAAUUUGAUGUUUUGGGAAGAAAGACCAAGCAUGACGUGGGUCUGCCGGGUGUGUCUCGAUCGAAAGCCAUUAACAAGAGAAAGGACACCCUCCUGAAGGAAUAUAAACAGAAAGAUAAGGCCAACAAAUUCAUUGACAGACGCUUUGGGGAGUAUGACACCAAGAUGGCACCGGAAGAUAAAAUCCUGCAGAGGUUUACCUUGGAGAGGCAGCGCACCCAGGUCAAGAAGGAUUUGUUCAACCUGAAUGAGGAGGAGGAGGAGCUAACUCACUACGGCCAAUCACUGGCUGAGAUUGAGAAAUUUAAUGAUGCAGCGGACAGUGACAGUGAAUCAGAUGAGAAAGGCCUUCUGUCAGCUGAGUUGACUGCCUCCCACUUUGGUGGAGGAGGUCUCCUGAGAAAGAAGAUGACAGAUGAACAGGAUGAAGGCGGAGGAAGCCACAGGGCCAAGUCCAGGCAGGAGCUCAUUGAAGAACUUAUCCAUAAGACUAAACAGGAGAGACGUGAGCGUCAGGUGCAGAAGGAGGAGACCCAGGAGCUGACAGAGAAGCUUGACCAGGAUUGGAAGAGCAUUCAGGCUCUGAUGACAAAGAAGACCCCCAACGCUGAUCAGUUAGAAAAGCAGGAGGACAAGCCCAAGUUGGAUGAGUAUGACAUGAGGGUGAGGGAGCUGGGCUUCGAGAUGAAGGCACAGCCCUCAGAGAAGAUGAAAACCCCUGAGGAGCUGGCCAGGGAGGAGAGAGAGAGGCUGCAGAAACUAGAGGCUGAUCGUCUGAGGAGGAUGAUGGGAGAUGUAGCAGCGGACAGUGUGAAGAGUCAGACCCAUUUAUCUGCUGAUGACCUCAAUGACGGCUUUAUCCUUGACAAGGAGGACAGGAAGGCUUUGGCUUAUCAGGAUGGAAAAUGGAAUCUUGAGGAAGACUUGGAGAAAAAUGAAGAUCAAAAUGAGGAUGAAGAUGAGGAUGGUGAGGAAGGAGUAAGUGGUCAGGAUAAGGAAUCAGAUGAAGAGGAAGAGGGGGAUGAUGAUGAUGAAGAUGGGGAAGAUGGUGACGAGGAGGGACAGGAGGAGAGUGGCAUCAGUGAAGGAGAGGACAGUCACUCGGACUUAGGCUCUGAACAAGAAAGUGAGGCAGAGGAGGAUGAAGAUCAAGGAGAGACAGAAAAAGAAGAUGACACAAUGCCGGAGCACGUGCUGUCCAAAGAGGAGAUCAAGGCCAGACAAGAGGCAGCUAAAUCAGAGCUACCAUACACAUUUACUGCCCCAGAAAGCUACAGUGAUCUUAAGGCUCUCCUCCAAGGCCAUACCUCUGACAACCAAAGACUGAUACUGGCCAGGACUCAGAAAUGCAACCACCCCAGUUUGGCUGCGGGCAACAAGCUCAAACUCCAGAAACUGUUUGGCUUCCUGUUGGAGUAUGUAGGAGAGUUGACCACCAGAAAGCCGCCUGAACUCACCACCAUUGAUAAGCUUGUACCUCAGUUGUAUGCACUGUGUCAGAUGUUUCCUGAAGCGUCCUGCAAGGCGAUGCAGACAAUCCUAAGAGACAGCGCUCAUAGCAUGGAGGAGGUGCUGGAGGUCAAAGGGCGUGCUGCCUUUCCACCUUUAGACAUGAUGAUCUAUCUAAAGGUGACAGCCCUACUGUUCCCAACAUCAGAUUUCAGACACCCCGUCACCACUCCUGCCCUCCUCUACAUCACACAGGCUCUCACCAAGUGUGCGGUGACAUCACUGCAGGACAUGGUAUCAGGCUUGGUUCUGUGUUGCAUGGCACUGGAGUAUGUCUCCCUCUCAAAGCGCUUCCUACCAGAGCUUAUUAACUUCCUCGCCGGGACGCUUCACCUGGCAGUGGCAGACAAGACCUCUAUAGAUUACGCUGUAGUGCCAUCCUUCAGGCCAUCAGGGAAGUACAGUGACUUGCUGGUGGUGUCAGACCCAAGCUGCUGCCAGAGUUGGACCAAACACGCCCUGCCACUGUCAGCUACACAGCACCUGGAGAUCAGAAACGAUCUGGAAAGAGAUCAUUACAGGUUAACUUGUAUCUCAACCUGCCUGGACCUGGUGAAACGUUGCUGUGUGCUCUACAAAGACCUCACUUCCUUCACACACAUCUUCCAGCCAAUUAGGAUCCUGCUUUCAAAACAUCUUCCUAUCCAAACAUACCCAGAGCUUUUACAGGAGCUUCACAGUGAAAUAUUGGCAGCCAUCAGUGGUACCUCUGUGACCCACAGUCCUUUGGUUUUUGAAAAGAAGAAGCCUAUUCCACUGAAACUGUUCACACCUAAGAUUGUUGAAGUGUUGGAUUACGGAAAGAAGCGUGGCUGUACCAAAGCAGAAAGGGAGAAGGAGCGGCUGACGCACAAGUACAAGAAAGAAUUCAAGGGUGCUCUGAGAGAGAUCAGGAAGGACUCGCGCUUCCUUGCCAAUGAGAAGCUCAAUGAGAUCAUGAACAGGGAUGCAGAGAGGAAGAGGAAAGUCAAGGAGCUGUUUGGCAGCCUGGCUACCCAAGAGGGAGAGUGGAAGGCCCUAAAGAGGAAGAAGUGAAACACCAAAUUCAUAUUCUUUUUAAAAAAAUUUUGCUUCUCUCUGUCAUUUAUCUGUCAAGGCGUCAUCUCCCACUCUACCACAGAUAAGACUUGCAGUAACCUAUGUAAGGUUCAAACUGGGAACUGCCAUGACGAUUUGAUGAUUUUUUUUCCUCUUAAAUAUUGGAAUAAAAUGUAAUUUCCACACAAAACAAGUUUUGUACUGUUCAAUAGCAAAUGCUUCUAUUGUAGCCAAGUGGAAUGAACAUAACUUAGUAAUACACCGAUCAGCCAAAACAUUAAAACCAUUGGCAGGUAAGUGAAUAACAUUGAUUAUGAAAAUAAAAUGAAAGCCACUUUACUUUGUCAUUGUAGGUUACAAUGAAGUUUGUUUUCUGCAUUCAACCCAUUCUAUGGUAUAGGCGCAUUGGGCAGCUGUGGUGCUGUGCCGGGGGACC